AUGGGUGAACGGACGGAAGAGAAGGAGGGGUGGGGCAGGGCCGGAAGGGCAGGCCCGGCACCGUGCAGGAUCGGCGGGCGAAGGGACAGGACGGCCGGAGGCAGGGGGGCCACGGACGGCCGGAAGGAGCGGAAGGCCGGGCCGGCAGCCGGUAAUGGGCCGGCCGGCCGGCACGGACAAGGCAAGGAGGGAAGGCCCGGCAGGCCGGCAGGACGGCAGGCCGGCCGGCAGCAGGGAAGGAAGGCACGGAAGGCAGGAAGGAAGGGAAGGGCGGAGGUAAGCGGAGAGGCAAAGGGCAACCCCACCUCCACUCCUUCCGCGGACCCACUUCCUCCCGCCACUUCCUUCCGCCACAAAGGUAUAAUUUAUAGAGCGAGGAAAACCAAAAAAGAAAAAGGAACAGAACGGAAGGCAGAUAGGAAGGGCUACGGAAGAAGGGACGGGCCCAAGGAAGGAAGGCUUGAGGAACGGAGAGAAGGCAGGCAGAGGCAGGAAGAGAAGAAGGAGAGAAAAGGAGGCAAAGGAACGGAAGCAGGACAAUAG